GCCGUGCCCAGCACGCCUCGCUCUGCCAUCGAUUGAACGGCCUGGGGGCUUCCCGGCGCUGCCGUGCCCAGCACGCCUCGCUCUGCCAUCGAUUGAGCGGCCUGGGGGCUUGCCGGCGCUGCGCCUCCGAGCUCAGUGCCGGCCAUGGGGCUGCUGUCGGACCCGCACUGCCGCCGGGCGCUGGCUCGCCUCAUCCAGCGCCUCAACACCCCGCUCUGCGCCCUGAGCUACGUGCUGGGGCUGUGCUGGUUCCUGGCGCUGGCCUGGCCCCCCCUGGCCCCCCAGACCUACAUCUCGGAGAACGCCCUGGGCUCCACCAUGGUGCAGGAGCAGUUCCCGCUGGGUGCCCGUGCCCUCGCCUAUGCCCGCCAGUUCGGGGCGCACAAGAGCAAAGCAGGAGGGAUGCCCGUGCAGUGGCUGGAGCAGACGCUGUGGGAGCUGGGGCUGGAGGUUCACCGGCAGAGCUUCUCCCGCACGCUGCCCUUCCCGGACGAGACCCGCGAGCGAUACAUGGUGCAUGGCACCAACGUGUAUGGGAUCCUGCGGGCACCGCGGGCAGCCAGCACCGAGGCGCUGGUGCUGAGCGUGCCCUGCAGCCCUGGCACCCAGAACAACCAGGCUGUGGGGCUGAUGCUGGCACUCGCCGCCUACUUCCGAGAACAGAUCUACUGGGCCAAGGACAUCAUCUUCCUGGUGACGGAGCAUGACCUGCUGGGCACUGAGGCAUGGCUGGAGGCCUACCAUGACAUCAACCUCACUGAGGUGCAGAGCUCGGGCACGCCGGGCCGGGCAGGUGCCAUCCAGGCGGCCAUCGCACUGGAGCUGAGCAGUGACGUCGUGACCAGCUUCGACGUGGCCGUGGAGGGCCUCAACGGGCAGCUGCCCAACCUCGACCUCCUCAACCUCUUCCAUGCCUUCUGCCAGAAGAAUGGGCUCCUCUGCACCAUCCAGGGCAAGCUGCCACGCUCAGACUGGGACUCGCUGCCCGGCUACGCGCACAGCCUGCAGACGCUGGCGCUGAUGGUGCUGGCGCAGGCCUCGGGGCGCCCGCGGGGCGACCAUGGCCUGUUCCUGCGGUACCGCGUGCAGGCCCUCACCCUGCGUGGCAUCAACAGCUUCCGGCAGACCAAGCACGGCAUGGCGGCCGUCGGCAGGACCCUGGAGGGAAUGUUCCGGAAGCUCAACAACCUGCUGGAGAGGCUCCACCAGUCCUACUUCUUCUACCUGCUGCCCUCCCUCUCCCGCUUUGUCUCCAUCGGCCUCUACAUGCCAGCCUUUGGCUUCCUCCUGCUGGUCCUGGUCCUGAAGGCCCUGGACACCUGGAUGAAGCUCAGCAAGAGCGAGACGGGCAGUGGAGAGAGGCAGUGGCAUGGAGACCACAGUGCUGAGGAGGAGGCCCGUCCUGGUUUGCUGGUGCUGGUGCCACCGGUGCUGAUCUGCGAGGCCGCUGGCCUGGCCCUCUACCUGCUGCCGGUGCUGGGCCAGCAGGUGGCCACGCAGCACUUCCCCGUGUCCGAGGCUGAGGCCGUGGUCCUCACCAUCAUCGCCAUCUACGUGGCAGGCAUGGCCCUGCCCCACAACACCCACAGGGUGCUACCAGGUGCGGGGGCAGCACGAGGCUGGCUGGCACUGAAGCUAGUGGCACUGGUGGCUCUGGCACUGGUGCUGGUGGCCCUGGCCCUGCUCAACUUCUCCCUGGGCUUCCUCCUGGCUGCCACCAUGGUGCCCGCUGCUGCCGCCGUGCAGCCCAAUGGCCCCAAGGUGCUGCUGGCAGCAGUGCUGGUGCUGGCGACGCCGGCGGUGACGCUGCUGCUGGGCAUCUUCCUGGAGCGGGAGCUGCUGGAGGUGCCCGCGGGCGCAGGCGAGGGCUGGCAGCUCUUCCUGGCAGCACUGGGCGAGGGGCUGCUGCAGCACCACCUCUACGGCUCCUGCCUGUGCCCGCUGCUCGCCCUCGGCGUCUACCCCCUCUGGCUGCUGCUCUGGAAUGUGCUCUUCUGGAAGUGAGCCAUGGACCCACCAAGGGACCAGGGAGGGACCCAUGGAUGGACACCUCCGCCUCCGGCUGCUGCUCUGCAACCUGCUCUGCUGGGAGUGACCUGUGGGCCUGCCAAGGGACCAGGGAGGGACCCACGGGUGGACACCCCCACCUCUGGCUGCUGCUCUGCAACCUGCUCUGCUGGGAGUGAGCCGUGGGCAGACCCAUGGAUGGACUUGAAGCGUGAAUGGGCAGACAGCUCCUGCUCUUCGGGAAGUGACCCAUGGACCAUGGAUGGACUCGGGGGCGGAUACACAGACCCAUACCCAAUGUGGCUGCUGGUCUGUAAGGGGCAGAGAGAGUCUUAGAUGGUUUGUACUGGGCAGGGAGGGACUCUGCUGGACUGGACUGGGCAGAAUUCGUCUUUGCUGCUGUGUACUGGGCAGGGUGGUGCCUGCUGGGCUGCCCUGGGAGGCAGGGUGUGCUUGCUAGUGUGUACCGGCAGAAGGGGCCUUUGCUGGCGGGCACUGGGCAGGGGGGUGCCUGCUGGGCUGUGCUGGGAGCCCUGCCUUGGUUUUGGCGUGUCCGUCCCACGGGUUCAAUAAAAGGCGGAGCGGGGCCGCGGUCGGA